CCUUCCUCUCCACCCCACAGUUUCCCGCCAGGCGUCCGAUGUCAGCCCGGUACUCUCUGCCUUGACUCUCUAUCGCCAAGUGUAGUUCGCAAGCAAGCUGCGAGUUAUAACGCCAAACGAUUAGCAAGCAAGCCACAGGGCAACGUCUACGUUGAGCCGCUUCGGCCCGACACCAAGUCGAAGGUCACAGGACGAAUGAGAAGGACACUCGCAUGUGUAACAGCCUAAGUGGUUGGUCCGAAGAUAGCUCCCGUGUUGAGCUACAUCCGUGAAGCAUGACCUUUACCUCCACCUGGCGGCGCUUGGUGCGCCGAUCGUACAGGGUGGAUGGAGGUAUAUCAAACUCCCGACUUCCCAUCUCUGACUCCACCACAAAGACACACAAGCCUUACAUCUGGCGCAGGGUGCCGACCGUCAGCUUACACUCACCUCACGUCACUAGCCACUGCACCCCCACGCCAUACGCAACCCGCUGCAGCCGACCUCCGUUCGCGAUCCUUCAUAAGACGCCCGCUGCUGCUCGACAUCAGCCAAGCAUCGUACUGCAGUGCUGCCACUGGUCUUGUGACAAAGCUGCCAGCGAGUCAAAAAGCAAAGUCCAAACUCUAAGCAGCCAUACAUCAACUGGCACCGUCCACACACACAUAAAGAUCUACGUCAAGCCUUCACUUCAUUACGCUACCCAUCUCGAGUCGAUACCGUCUCGAGAUCGCAGCUCUCCAGAGUUCACACGGGAGAUCUUAAUCGUCCGGCUAAAACGUAAACACCAAGCGAAGUCAGAAAAGUCGUGUUGUUUGAACUCCAGGUGCUCAUCUAGAUAUACCGCGGUUCAAGUGACUAACCUCUCACCCCUUCGCCGAAUCCUGUUCAAAGCCCUGCGGGGAACACCUCACGCUGGCGAAUUCCACGACUGUCCCUAUAACCAAACGAAGCGGCAGAUCCCACUUAAAUACUAGUAGAAGCUUGCGGUCAAAACUGCAAUCAUGGCGAAAACAUUCUCUCCCGUUACGCCAGUCAGCUGUAAUUACACAGUGGACACCAAGUCAUCAACCUUGAAGUCUGCUAACAUUAGGGUCAAUGAGGUACCUGCUAGCUUCAGAAUCCUGAAGCAAAAGACAAAUGGUGCUGGCGCUACUGUUCUGCCUCCGCUCACCGACGGCGUCCGCGUCGUUACGGCUGCGGAGUACAAGCAGGCGGC